GACAUGUUAUGUUCACGUGUUUCUUAUUGGAAGAGCUGAUUUAUUCCUAUGCGGUGAGAACCCUCCUGGCUUUAAUGUAUAUGAUUAUACAUACAUACCCUGGCGCAAUCAAUGCAGCGAGAAAUGAUUGCUCGCUACAGCCGAUCACCUCUGCAGAGAGGACAGCUAUCUGCGUCGAGGAUGCUCUACCGAAGACCCUUGCAGGUAUCAUGGCGCUGUCCUAUCAGUACAAUAACGGGACCCCGAAGGAACCGGCCGGUAGCGCACCAUCACUACUUUUACCGACUCAAUUUACAUGUCCAACGCCAACAUAUUUCCUCAAAAGCCGAAGGCUGUAAAAGCGGCAACACUGAUGAGGCUUCUGAACUUCCAGACGAACAACAGAUCUUCGUCACAUACAAACCUCUUCUUGAGAAGAAAAGUAAGGGAAAACUUAUAAAGGGUGUUUCUCUUAGAAAUAUUGUCAUCAGUCACAAACGGGCUGCAGAGUCCCUGGUUGAAAGACUCGGAAUUGAUACGAUUGUUAAGACCCUAAAAUCUCUUGUGCAGAAGGGCGUGUUUCAUUCCGAGUCAAAAGCCAAAGAACAAUUCCCAACUUUGUUUGAGACUUCAUCCACGCAAGCUGCAGAGCAUCCUCAAUCGGAGGAAAACACGCUCGAGCCGGGGAGUGAAAUCCUUGAGCAAGUGAGCCUUUUAGAUCAAGAAACCCCGCAAAAAGACGAGGUUCAACCCGCCGGUGAAGUGGAUAUUGCCGAAGAGACAAAAACCCGAAAUUCUACUCCGCGUAAGCCGUUAGCGACGACUAAUUACGGUGCCUUGGAUGCGCAGUGCUCUGGGACCAAUAUUCCGGGGACGAAAGUUCGCUCGUUGUUCCCGCCAUACAUCCCGUACAAGGUCCAGCACACCAUUCUUUCGAAAAUUCAAACUUUACUGGAAAAGAGUUGCUAUGAAUUCACUUCAAAGUGGGCACCUGCACUGGCCUCCGAGAGAGGAUGGGAUUGUCCUGAGGCUAUCGAAUUGAAUAGGUGGACGGGAAACAUGUAUUAUCGACUCAAAAAUCUGCCGGACGGUGCUCUGGACAAUAGGUAUAACUCGGACAUAUCCUCUGUGUUCGCCUCCUUGUGUGGACUUCGACAUGCCGCCGUGCACCGGCUACAUGUUAGUGUCAGGGGAUUAGAUGACAUGAUCCACAAUGCUAUAAUUUUCACCGGCAUGAUUCGGGACACUACCAGGGAGUGUCAGUUGAACGAGCUGCAUCUCGAACUUAAGAGGAUCACGCGAUCGCAAGAGUUACACUUGCAUUUCCUCGAAAGCCGAUUAAAGGAUGAAUUCACCAAGAUACGAGAAUUAAGAGAGGAACUGAAUAGGAGGGAGCAAAGAGCUUUAGACGCCAUGCUAAGAGAAAAUAACGAGAAUCGAUUUCUAGUUGGAGAGUUGUUAGAAGAAUCCUUUGGCAAAGUUUUCAACAGUGGCCUCGAAGAUGAGAAGCUGGAAUUCGACGCGAGCAGUACGAAACAGAGACUGCCAGAAUUGGGAAACAAUGAUGAAAAUGAGGUCAUUAUGUCGCAAGCGAAAAAGGAUGACGGGUUCCUGACUAUGAAGGAUGCAUCCCCUAAUUUACCUAGAACUCAAAUGAAACUAAAAUCCCCACUAUCCGAAGACGAAACCGCAACAUUAGAGGCAGAACUCCCGGAUGAACUGUCAAGAGUUGAUGGAUCGACACCGGACGACCGCUCAGUAAAGCCCGCUGAGAUGUUGCCAGCAUUGGAAGAUUCGGCUAAAAGUUCUCCAGGCAAGAAUGCAGAACUUGAGGACGCAGUGACUGACAGUCAUGCGUCAAAUCCGGCUCCAGAAUUUGAUGGUUCAGAACGACAGGUUAAUGAGGACGAAAAGGAGUCCAAGGAUGCUGAAUCAUUAUUUCAGACAACGGAGCAACGUGAUGGGCAGGAACUUGCACUAGACAAUACCCGGCCUGGGGAACUGGAAGCUGAAAGCGCCGACGUCAAAUCCAACCAAGCUUGCAUGGCCAGCAUCCCCAGUUUCGGAGGUAGUGGGGAUCCCAUCAGCAACAGAAACCAGAACGGUUGCCUCACCGCCUGAAAAGCCAACUGAUGAAAUGGCGACUGGAUCGUCAACUCAGCCCUUGACAGCCAAGGGAAGUGCACAGCAACUGAUCUCCGGUCCUAAAUCCACGUCCCAGAUGAAACAAUGUUAUAUUUUAUGAAAGUUAGCCUUUGAGCGCAAUGCUUAGUAUUAGGACAUACCCCUAUCGAGGUAGUCUUUGGGCAUUAUUCCCCCAGGAGUUUGGGUACGUACAAGGUCAGCACCGAACUGAGCCGGGCUAGGUUCAAGGAAUCUGUAUAAUAAGGGAGGUGAAUAAAGUAUGGGAUCUCUCAUGUUACUUUACUGCUUUACACCUUUUUCCCCUGCAUCAUAUCCUGUAACAUACUAGAUUGGGAUAAUCCCUUGGGCGUUAUUAGAUUUUAUAUUUAUAUUUUUCUUUUCUC